GAUAAACUUAUUAAAUAGUUUUUCAGUUAUGUUGUGUUAGAAUCAAAUGUUAAGUAUGUAGUGAUAUACAUAUACAUGGAGGACAAAUGACGAAAAAUCCUAUUACUUUCACUGUGAACAGCUGUGUCCCUGGCUACAGAGGUCAGCUGGAGCUGAAGAGCAACGAAGGAAAGGAUAAUAAGCCGUUCAUCUACCUCAGAGACAUAGUAGACGAGUUUUGUCUGAAGCUGGGUAGAGAGGUAUUGUCUGAUGAUGACUAUGUGUUGGAAGUGCAAUUAUCUACAACUUCAUCCCUCACGCCUUCUGUGUCUUCAUCCAAUGAGGCUCUUUCACAGUCUCCCGGGUCUAGUGGCACAGGAGCUAGUAUGCGGAUGACAGAACUGCAGAUACUCGAGCCCGAUGCGGAGAUAGCCCAGCUGGCGCUGCCUUCUAAUUGCACUAUAUACAUCCUGGAUGCCCAAAGUACGAUUGCGGGAGAGAGAUACUCUGGGAAGAGAAUUUUCUCCUUGAACAUUCUCCAGCCUGCGUUCUUCAAGAGCAUUCCGCCUAUGUACUAUCUCAUUCUGGGAAUAUUUUUGGUCUUUCUGGGCAUCAUUUUCAUAAUGGUGGCUGCCCUUAAAAAUGGACCAGAAAAUUUCAUAACUGACGAAGUAGUUGUAGUGUCAGUUAUGGUUAACAAAACCCAAAUAUCUGCCUUCAACUGGACGAGGAAAAAGUACGCUUAUUCGACCGUGCAUCCAGAGUUUAUGAAGGUCGACAAUAGGAACAUAUCCCUGUCUUUAUACCUGAGUGACCAUAGACAUCAUGAAAACAUCAUAUCUGACUUUGUGACUGAGUGUGUGAUGCCUUUCUUCUUUCAAAAUGAAUCGGAUGACGUUUGGCUCUUCAAAAACGACAUAAUCGUUCGAAUGCAUUAUGACUUCUCAUUUCUAUGGCCCGAAACAUACAACGAUCUGAUGAAGGCUUUGGUAGUCGAAUUGGAGGCUAAAAAAUUGAAAAUAUUCAGCUACGAGUUUGAAACACGGUCCCAUUUCUCUGAGGUGGAAUGGAUCAACCAAUUUUAUCCUGCAGUGAACCCUGUUAAUUUCUCCCUGUCAAAAUUAACAUACGGAGUUAUUACCAUGACGAAUUACAGUUCACUGAUCGCGUUUCCGUAUAAUUCAACUCUGUAUGCUAGCAAAAGCGAUUUGAUGACUGUUUUCUUAAAUGGAAAAAGUGUCAGUUUAUACGGCAGUGUUGCUGGUUGUUAUGGCCUAGAUGUCUCAAUAUCUCGUUAUCAUUAUUCUCUAUGGAAGACGUCAAAUUACUCUUCAGAAGUUGAAUCAGGCUGCUAUCCUGAGGGUGCACGAAUCACAAUCAGCGUUCAAGAAUUUCAAUCCGUAUCAGUUUGUAUUCCUGAUUUCGUCGUUUCUGCUGAUACUGAAUCUUCAAGUAGUGAAAACUUCACAAUCAUUGGUACUGGUUCAGUUAUCUCCUGCAAGAGUUCAAUAGAAACAGAAGAGUAUAAAUUUGAAAACACAGAAACUUUUGAGCAGAAAUCGCUCACUUCAAAUCAAACUAGCCUAUCGAUGUCCCAAUGCAAAACCUCUCUGGGAUUCGGCGGCGUUGCUUGUCAACCCAAUUUAAAUCGCACGAACCACUUCGUAGCAGGUGGCCUGUACUACAAUGUUGCCAACCAGUUGAACCUUAGGAGUUCGAGUCCUAGUUUUGAAAACUUCGAAUUGGCAGUGAAUUCAUCGUGCAAUCGUAAUGAAUCUAAACAGGUCAACAUAGAAGAUGAAAUGGUCUGUGUAAAGUCAAUGUUUGCUUUUCUGAUGCUGACCGAUCGUGGGUAUGGACUUACAAAAUCAACGUGGAAUGUCACUUUCACGGACACUGAACAUGAACAGUUUGAGCAAGCUAUAUCAUCACAGAGUUACUUGAUGCUCACGUCAGCUCAGUUCGAGGACAAUGGAGGAGAGCCACCUCUAAAGAGGUCAACUUAUGCGCACAAAGCAGUUAUGGUCAGUCUAGGAAUUCUCUUCCUUAUUUUCGGAGUGCUAGCUGCGGCCAUCUUUAGUCAUCUAAGACAGCGAAAGCACAGAAGUGUCUUUGCGUAUUCUGAGUUUGAGUAGAAAUCGUACGAGCAAGGAAACUGAAUGUACCUCUGGAACUCAAAAUUGGACUCAAGUGAAACUGAAUUUGUAUUGAUCAACUGUUUGUAUAGCAUCUCUCCUAUAUUUGAAACUCCCAGAAUAAUUUAAUUUACUAUGUUGGUAUGUU